UCGUCGACUUUAUACGAAACGUUGGUCCACAAAAUUGCGAAUUGGGAAGGUAUAGCUCAGAUUUAAUCAAGUUGAAGCGAAUCUCUCCUCCGAUCUUUGCAUAAAUUACAAGAGUUUUACAGCGUAUCAACAGUGCCGUGACGAUGUAUGUGCCGUUAGCGACCGGCAGGUUGCCAUCAGUACGCCGAGGUUCUUGAACUUUUCCGGGGAUCCGUUUCUAGAACCGACCGAAGAGGAAGGCUCAGGUUCGGAUCGCCCAGGUGGGGAUCGGAAUCGUCUUCUGGUACGAGACAUCGCCCGGUCAUCACACCUCGAGCAUCCACCGUGUUGUCCGGACACGUUCUCCAACGUCGUUUCGCCCGCCCGUCGCAUCUCGCGGUACUGGUCCAAUCACGCUCCCGGGCGUCAUCUCGUUAAGAGUCGCAAAAAGUGGUUGGCCCGACCCCACGUUCCCGUCGAGUAAGAAAUAACUCGGCAAAUUCGGAGCCGAAAACAGGAAGCGUCCUGCAGUCUGUUUCCGAAGUCACCGGCUUCAAGCGGGAUCGUGUAGAAGGUCAUAACUCAGGAAUCGGAACCGAGUAGACGGCAGGACUGGACAGAUAGAAGACAGACCGAGGUCAAGAGAGUGAAGGUCAAGGGACCGAUAAGCACACGAGAGUUGCAGUCGAGUGGAAGGUAGCUCGACAAGUAGCCGCUCAUCAAUGUUAUCAAUCAACAUGCGCGUGUUCAAGACCGUGCUGCUCAUCGCGUUCUUCGGCGCGAGCGUUCAGUGUUUACCCGUCACCGACAAGCUGGCCGAGUCCACGACUGAGUCCAAGAUCGAGUCGCAGACCGCGUCCAAGGUCGAGUCCCAGACCGAGGCUAAGCCCGAGAUCGCUUCCGAGGUGAUACCGCAGGAUGAGGCAGCUGUAGCCACCGCCGCGCCGACGCCCACGAUUUCCGACAUCGUCGAGUACUACGACCAGCGGCAAAACGGGACCGACAACUACCGCAUCCACUUGGACGGUCUCGUAUUCGUAUUCGCGCCGGUCGAGGCACUGCUGCUGGCCGGCGCCGCCGGUGGCACCUCGCAGCCCAAUUUGCCGAUCUCCAGCCAGGACCACGCAUCCUCGACCAUCCAGUCCAUCGACGAGCCGGACAAGCCCGCCAUCGACAGCCUCCAGAAUAAAACCGACUUGCCGAUCUCGAAGACAAUUCUAUAUAAACAACCAGCUGUACGGUUGGCGAAUUUCUUGGCGCCCCUGAUACGUAGCAUACGUCAUGCGCAAGGCACGAGCGUGCACUAAAACGAUCGCUCGAUGCUCGCGAUUCCAAUACGCAAUACGCGAUUCCUAUAGCAUACAUUAAGAAAACGGUAUUUCCCUUUCCUUCCAACGCAAUCACUUUCAAUCAUUCUGGCGUUUCAAACUAUACAUGAUAUGCAUUCUCAAAUAAGAUUUUUGAAAAGUACCGUGCUCUCUCUUUCCACAGGGAUAGGAUAUCUGCAUCUACAGGGAUGAUGGACGAGUACUCGUAGAAUAGUUACGUGUAUGAUCGACGCGAUCGACUCGAUGUCGUACCACGCAUUUAUAUGGUGUCUUAAGUAUCAAUAAACGCGCUAAUAUUAGCGUUAUCCGCCGAGCUUAUUUCUCUCUGUAACUUAAAAGAUGGCUUUUUUAAAAUACACGAAAUUACAGAAA